AUGUCAGAAUGUAGUGACCUUUUAAACAAGUGCCACGUACAUGUGGCACUCAAAGGCUCACAAUUUGACAAUGAAGUUAUUGUGAGAUACAUGUAUGUACGCUUCUGCAACAAUUCCUGACUUUCAAUAUCACGUUGGGCCUGCAAAUAACAGCUAUUUUGUAACAAGGCACUAGACUUGUUUUAAGUAAUUAAAUGGUAAUACAUUUUGCCCUUGCCCAUGGUAAAUGAGCAAAUUAAAAAAACAACAUUUUCCAUUUUACUGUUGCUAGAGCGAAUAGAAAGAGAGAAAAACAAACCUUUAAUGGGUUGAUUUAGCUUGUGCUGUACAUGAUUUUCUAUUAUACUUCUUCUGGGUGUUUUCCUACAUCAUCCCUGGCUGCCGGUCUCUGCCAAACAUUUGUACCAUUCUUUAUUCAUUUGGUUUUACUUUUACUUUUAGUAUGUAGAAAUCAUGCGCGGCAGAGCGAGAACGGGGCAGAUGUGGAAGUCAGAGUGUACCAGCCCACGAUGUCAUUGGCUAACAUGGUAGUUGGGGACAUCAUUUCUGGUAAGUGUGUCAACUUGGUGUAAGGGACAGAUGAAAACACUAAAUCUCACUGAAUCUAACCUUUGCCAUAUUUGUGAGCAAGAUCCAAAAGGAAGCCCACAAUUCGUCAUUGAAAAUUUUUCUUCUUGGUGUUGUUACUAAUGUCCUCGUUAAUAUUGUUAUUGUGAUGAUUAUCGUUGACCACCUGGGGUCAAAACUGAAAACGGACAAACAAUCAAAGCUCACUAUUUGGUUCGAAUUCCUCCGAUUGAUGGCUUCCACGCAAAGACAUGGAGAUAAUCUCCAUUGAUGACUGAAUGUUAUGUCAGCAAUAUUUUGCGUCCAACCAUACUUAGUUUGUUUCCCCCUCAGCUAACAAUCUUGUUUAAAAGGAAAGUGCACAUUCAAUUUGUAGUUUAUAGGGCAGCACUCCACUCAAAGACUUGAAAAAAAAUCUAAUACAACAUAACAGGAUUAAAAACCCUCAACUGGCAGGAGACAACCAGUUGGAUAUUUACAAGCGUGGCCAAGGAUUUGAACUCGGGAAUGACCGAGAACAAAUCCAGAUGUGGUCAGAGCGGGACUCGAACCAGGGACCGCCGCAUUGCGCACCCGACGCGCUGACUACUCGACCAGACUGCCUUACCUUUAAUAUAACCAAUCCAAUUUUGCCCUGAAGGAGAUGAUUUGACUGUGAAUGUGAGGAGGGCAGUAGGAGAGGCAAUUGUGGCUGCCCAAGCCGUAUGCUGUCAAAGGUACAUGUGAUGAUGUAUUUGUAGUUUCUCUCAUGGUAAAUUUUACCCCAACUUUUCCUAAUUAAGGAUGAGAUUAUGGACGAGUUUAUCAAUAUUCCAUUUUUUACCUCCUUCUUAUCUCUCGAAAUACGGUUCCUCAGUUUGAAUCCAAAUGGCAUAAUUUUAAACAUAACCAGAAUGUCUCUUAUCAGGCUCAAAAUUUGAUGGGACAAUCGAAACGAAAGCAUUCUACUAGGUCUAGCAAAAUGUAUUCAUGUCUAUCAUAAUCGUUUCAGGGACCUGAUAGUUGAAACUAGAAAUUUAAGAGAGUGCCAAGACAUGGAGGCAAGAGCGUCGGUGAGUUGGAGUACCACUGCAGUGCUAAUUGUUGACAAGUAAACUGCUAGUGAGCGCUUUGAGUUCCUUGAAGCCCUUGAAUACUUCUUCAAUGUGUGUUAUUGAAAAUUAUGCUUUUUAUCAUACUCCAAACUAGGCCGAUAGGCGACAGAAAACGUAUGACUUUGAUUUACAGUUCCCUUUAAUCAGCUACAGCGUACAUUUGUGAGACUACACUGCGAACCAAAAAUAGGAAAAGACAAUUGAUUUAACGUAAAAAAAAAAACAGUAACAAGAUUAUCAGUACUUCGUAGCAAGUGUUUUUGGAGCAAAGAACGUGGAAAGAGAGUGGGGAGGGGGGCUCUUGUUCCCUUUUUUUGCACGCGACCGAAACCGAAAAUCCCGAUUUUCGCCGUUCCUCAGUUUUUCUUUUCACGAAAACCAGACAGUAACACUUGCUGCACAGACUAGAAAUACUACGUAAUGUACACAACUGUAUACAUGUACACAACUCCAAGUAAACCACAUUUAAAAUUAAAUCGAGACAAUCGACUAAUGUACAAUGAACCAAAUAUGUUUUUUCUCUAGGAAAUGUCCUGCAGAACACAUGCACAAAAAAAGGUAAGCAAUAAAUACUUGGUCACUGACACAGUGUCAAAAGUUAACUUUACGGAGACAAACGAUAUCGUUGGGUAUCAACUUUAACUUCUGAACUUCCACAUGCAAAUUCGUAAACACCUGGUGACAAAGCCUUAUUUACGGAUGUAAUAGUUGUCUACUCCAUCAGCAUUGUAGUUUAAAAAAGUGAUAAGUUAUAAAGAUAUCAAAAUCUAUUUUUUUUCUGGAAGUUGCCUGCCGUCAAAAUUGGCGAGGAUAAAGAAGAAGAUGAUCAUGAGGAGGAGUCUUUGGAUGCAACUGUUGUUGACACGGAGGAGGUAAAUGUACAUGAUAAGGUGUUAUGGGGCUACGCAUGUUUUAUUCACCGUUUCAUGCAUGUAAAAUGAGCGCAAGACCAUGCUCAUAAAGAUGGACUUGAAGUGACGUCUACUGAUACAAAGGCCUGCGUUAUUUUUUUUUUUAACACCACAUAUAACGUUGACCCCAUAAAUCGAUCUGGCCUGUUCCAGGCUCUGAGAUAGUUGGGUCCGCUGAAUUGAGAAAGCGCAAACACGAAAUUAAAACGGGAGGAACUAGGGAGAGGAGGGCAACUUGUCUCUUGCCUUUUACUUUCACAUCUUCUCCACUAUCUGAGAGCCUGGAACAGGCUAAAAUCGAUGACGCAAUAUUUAAUUUUCUUUAAGUGUAGAGUUUGUCGUGGACAACCAAAACAUGACAGAUAUAUAAAAAACGCGGUAUACUAUGGGUGUAUGUAAAUAUGUAUCAUUACAUUUUUUAGGUGAGAGAAAGGCGGAUCAACAAAUUUAAACAAAAGGUAAUAUAACUGUGAGCGUUAAAUUCAAAUAGGUACAUUCUUAAGUCAUGAGCUAAUUUAGUGACGGUGUGGCUAUCCUCUUAUAAACGUAAUCCUUUUUUACGUUAAAAGGAAGGGCCAAGGGACCCUAAAAUUCCCAUAAAAGAUGAUGAUGACGACGAAGAUGCCAAUGACAGUACAAUGGUAAGACUUCUUUAA